CUGCCACGUACUGACGUGACGUCGACAGUGUGUGUGGAGAGAGAACACUUCCUGAUGCUGGCCCGGGUCUGGCUAGGCUAGCUAACAUAUUUGGAUUUUCACGGUUUUGGGGGAAAACCUGUGAAACAAAGCGUGGUCACGUCGUCUGAUUCAGCGGUGGGAGCAGAGCAGGUCGAACUGAACCAUGAACGGCCAGCUGGACCUGAGCGGGAAGCUGAUCAUCAAAGCCCAGCUGGGCGAUGACAUCAGACGCAUCCCAAUCCAUAAUGAAGACAUCACUUAUGAUGAGCUGGUGCUGAUGAUGCAGCGCGUCUUCAGGGGCAAGCUGCAGAGUAAUGACGAAGUUACCAUCAAAUACAAGGAUGAGGAUGACGACCUCAUCACCAUCUUCGACAGCUCUGACCUCUCCUUCGCCAUCCAGUGCAGUAGAAUACUCAAACUGACUUUGUUUGUGAAUGGUCAGCCGCGGCCUUUGGAGUCCAGCCAAGUGAAGUACCUGCGCAGGGAGCUCAUUGAGCUCAGGAAUAAAGUCAACAACCUCCUGGAUAGUCUGGAGCCCCCCACAGAGCCUGGCCUGGCUGCUACAGCACCGGACAGUGAUUCAGUGGAUGGGCGUGAGGGCAAAUUUGUGGCAGGUGACCCCACGUUGAAACAGGCCACUCCAGUCAGUGCCGCCAGCAUGUCGGCCUUUGACCCUUUAAAAAACCAGGACGAGGUCAGCAAGAAUGUCAUCUCUGCUUUCGGGUUGAGUGAGGACCAGGCCCAAGGUAUCGCACGCCGUCGAACUGCAGAAAUUAAAGCUCCCCCGGCAGUUGAGGAGCGCUCAGGAACCCCUGACAGCAUCGCCUCCUCCUCAUCUGCGGCCCCUCAGCCUGGUGCACCCCCCCAACCACAGGCUCCCUAUCCUGGAGUACAGCAGGGACCCCCAGCUGGCAUGGAUGGUCAGGUGUACCAGCAGUACGGGGCUCCAGGUGGAUACCAACAACCAGGUGCCCCACCGCAGCAGCAGCAGCAGUAUGGUAUGCAGUACCCUGCAGGAUACAGCCCUCAGCCCGGAGCCCCUCAGCCUGGCCCGCCACAGCAGCAGCAGCAGUUUCAGAACUACGCACCUCCCUCCUCCCAGGCUCCUGCCCCUGCCCCUGGCCCAGCUCCGGCCCCGGCCCCAGCCCCAGGCUUUCAAGGUGGCCAGCAGCAGCAGCCCCAUCCAACUCAGGCAGCCCAGCAGUAUCCACCGGGAGGCUUCCCUCCCCAAAACUAUACCUCCCAGGCCUCCCAGCCUGCUAACUACAGCCUGCCGCCCAGCUCCCAGCCCGGCUCGGGGUACCAGCCCCGCCAGGGAUACACUGCACCUCCAGGCACCACCGUCACCCCUCCACCGGGAGCUGCUAACCCGUACGCUCGCAACCGCCCCCCUUACGGCCAGGGCUACACUCAGCCAGGCCCAGGAUACCGGUAAAAGAGGAACCGCGGAUGUUCCUGAUGCUCCCACACACACACACAAACACACACCCCACCCCCCCUACUCUCUGUGUGGCUCCAGCUGUUUGGAGUGGGGGCAGGAAACAUGGUUUUACUGCUCUAGUUCCCCCUAUCGUAAAAAUAUCAAUUCCAAAUAUGAAACAAGCAAACCCCCCCUUCGUCCCAGUCUGAUGGUUAGUGUUUGUAUGCCGUCUCUUCACACACCACCGUGUUCUGACCCUUAUGUGUUUCCUUAUUAUUUUCUCCAUCGCCUGCUCUGCCCUCUUGUACCUGUCAUUGUUAACAUGUAACCAGUCUGUACGCACACACCUGCGAGACCAAAACAGGCUGUUGCACAAACUGUGUUUUUCUUCUUCCUGGUAACACUUCAUUUUGCAUCCUCAUUACCACAUUUGUGUCACACAUGACAAACGUCUCGACCGUGUUGUGUUGAGUUUGCCGUGAAUAGAUGCAAUCGAUCAAACACUAUCUAAAUGAAAAGUUGCCCCUUUUUUUGUCACUUUGUUUUUGUUUUAUUUCAAUUUUACCACCAUGUCGGUAUUCCGUAAAACUGGCCCGUGUUGGGAGCAAUAGCUAAGUGAUGAGCUUGUGGGAGGUGUAGAUCCCAGUGUAAUGAUGAAGGCUAUUUUUGUUUAGCUUGUUGUUUCACCUUCGGAAAAAAAAAGCUUGUUUUUCCUCUUUUUCUCUGAUCACUGGUUUAUACUAAUAUAUCAAAUCAAAUUUCACCUUCCAACGAGAUUAGUUGUUUAUGUAUAAACUGUAACAUUUUUUUCUCUUGAACCUAAUAAAUGAUGAGACCCAG